GACCUCAAAAAGGCGCAAAUUUCUCCACCUUCAUAUACAGAAAAAUAGUUUCAUUGCUAAUUUAUUAGUCUGUCGUUGGCAAACUUAAAGCUACUUAUUUUUCUAGUCCUAACUUAAAUUGUUCAAUAGUUUGAAUUAUUCAGUUAUAUUACAAUGUCUCUAAAAGACAAAGAAAAUAUUAGCAAUGGAAUUAACAACGUUCACAUUAAGUCUCCCGCGAAAAAUAACGUUCUAUCUGUGAGAAACGCUAACGUCUCUGAAGAAAAUAUGGAAAUAGAGAAAGAGAAUAAAGAAUUCGAUCCUCAAUUAGAGCCCUUGCUCCGUGAGAACCCUAGACGAUUUGUCAUAUUUCCUAUACAGUAUCCUGAUAUUUGGAAUAUGUACAAGAAGGCUGAAGCAUCAUUCUGGACAGUGGAGGAAGUUGAUUUAUCAAAGGACUUAUCUGACUGGGAGAGCUUAAAGGACUGUGAGCGACACUUUAUCAAGCAUGUGUUGGCAUUUUUUGCUGCCUCUGAUGGUAUUGUUAAUGAAAAUCUAGUAGAACGGUUCUCACAAGAAGUUCAAGUGACAGAGGCAAGAUGCUUCUAUGGAUUCCAGAUAGCUAUGGAAAAUGUACAUUCGGAGAUGUACUCAUUACUUAUUGACACAUAUAUCAGAGAUCCUAAGGAGAGGGAUUUCCUGUUCAACGCUAUUGAGACUCUGCCAUGCGUGAAGAAGAAGGCUGACUGGGCACUGCAGUGGAUCGCAAGCAAAUCCGCUACGUUUGGCGAGCGUAUUGUUGCCUUUGCUGCAGUUGAAGGCAUUUUCUUCUCUGGUAGUUUUGCAUCCAUCUUCUGGCUGAAGAAAAGAGGUCUCAUGCCAGGCUUGACCUUCAGCAACGAGCUUAUAUCUAGGGACGAGGGUCUCCACACAGACUUCGCGUGUCUAAUGUUCAAGCACCUAGUUCAGAAGCCCAGCAAGGAGAAGGUGCUGCACAUAAUUAAAGAUGCGGUCGUUAUCGAGCAGGAGUUCCUCACAGACGCAUUGCCGGUCAGGCUCCUCGGCAUGAACUGCGACCUUAUGUCAGAGUACAUAGAGUUCGUUGCUGAUAGACUGCUUGUCGAUUUAAUCGGCGAAAAGCAUUACAAUACAAAGAACCCAUUCGACUUCAUGAACCUUAUUUCACUAGAAGGCAAGACAAAUUUCUUCGAGAAGAAAGUGGGAGAAUACCAAAAAUGGGGUGUCAUGGCCAACCGUAUGGACAAUGUAUUCACUUUGGAUGCUGAAUUUUAAACUAAACAUUAGAACCAGUGACACUAUGGAUAGCAUAGUUACAGUAUUAAAGAUUCCAAUGUAUUAGAUGUAAGUAUAUUGGAUUAGUAUCGGUUGAACCGCUGACUUUUCUAUUAACAUUUUUCUAUAAAAUCAAAUACUUAAUAUGUACCUGUACAUGACUGUGAGAAUAUGUGGCCUAUUCACACGUGGAAAAUAACAAAUGUAUGUGUAAAUAAUGACUAGAUAAAUAAGAUAAAAUUUAUUACAUUGUAGCAAAAUGGUGCUGUAUGGAAUAUAUAACAUUCAAACAUAAGUUAUUAAAUAAUUAUACAUUUUGAUCAUAACAAUUCAAUUCUUUGUAAUUUAGAAUUUACAUUAAUUGAAUGAACCAAAAUUAUUAAAUUUUUAAAUGCACCUAUGUUUAUCUAACAAUUACGGUAGAUUAAUGAACACUUGAGUUAAUUGACGAUGCAAUUCAUUUUAGUGAUACUAAAUUUUAUACUAUUACAAUGAUUUCUAUCAUUGCACUAUUAAUGACUGAGCUAGUAUGUCAGUGCUGUGAUCAUGCUACUUCAAAAUUUGAAAUUUGAAUGACUGGAGUUCUUCUCACAAUCGUCUUACAUUAUGUACGAAUUAUUUAUAAGUGAAAUUGAGUUUAUAUUUAGUUUCUGUCUAGUGUAGAAAAUAGUUCGUCAUUACCUAUGUAUGUAUGUAAUAGAAAUAGAAUCGACAAUAACCUUUGCGGUUGCCGGUAUAUAUUACAUUCAGGUGGGAUCUCGUGUUUAAACAGUCUUAUUAUGAAUAACGGCUUGUAUCCUAUAAGACAAGAAAUUUUAAUUUGUAGCGCGGUACAAGAACUCUUAGAGUUUUCAUAUUGAGUCCUUAUGAUCUUUUUGGCUAUUGCGAGGCUGAGACAAAAUAAAAGUAGGUAUUUUAUUAUUGCCACUAAGUCUCUAGGGUGCCUGAGACAGACUUCUGACUUACUAUUCUACAUUGUGAUUACUAAUGCAUCCCUAUCAUUUCUCGCCGACUUCCUGGAGAAGAGCUUAUCGUCUGUGACAACUUAUGUCCCAGAAGAAUGGAAAUACUUUGAAUGUUCCGAAGAUACGUGUAUUAAUUACUACAAUGUUUCAUCAAAAUUUGCUAACGGUUUUUUAAACAAGUAGACGCAUAUUGUCUUUCAAUGCACCAUCCUUUGGGUAGAAUCAUCCCAAGGCACUUGAGGCACUGGAACAACAACGGGGUUAUUAUCAACCUCUAUGUUGUUUACUAUAUUGUGUUGAUCCCUCUGUUGAUUAUUAAGAAGUGUCAACGGGAUAUAUUUUCGAAUUUUCUACCAAAUCUUAGGUAAAAAUUUUAAAAAUGUAUAUUUAUUUAGAGUUUUACAUGCUUGUUUAGAUUACAUGCAAUUAGGUAAGUUUUAAGUGAUUUAUUCGCUAAGCUCAAAGCUUGUAUCGCAGGAACUUUAAUAUCUAUGUUUUAUAGAAAUUAUGAUAAAAAAAAUAAGUAUAACCCGAGUCUUAUAACGUCUUAAAUUGUUUUUAGAAUUAAGGUAUUGCUUUAAACUACAAUAUCUUAUUUUUAUUAUUAUAUAAAAAUCUCUUAAUAUAAGGAAUAUUGUUAUAGAUAAUAUUAACUCGAUUAAGCAGUCUGCAUUUUAAUUGUUUUAGUACCUUUGUCUUUUUAUAUCUUCACAAUUAAGUACUCGGAUAAUGAAAAUGGUUUCGUGUGAUACUAAUUAUAAUGUAUGGGAAUUUAUUAAAAGUGACUGCCCA